CCCCUCCCCCAUAUAGCGGGCCCUGCGCUUGGGGGCGCUGCCCUCUGGCUGCAGCUCGGUGCGCGCCGCUCGCCGGAUUCCCUCGCCCCACAGCAUGGCCCCGGCUCGCCGCCUGCUGACCCUCGGGCUCUGCAUCGCCCUGUGCCUGUGGGGCACCGUGGCCCAGAAUAAUGGCGUACAAGCUGUUCCCGCCCCUGCAGGUACCACUGAGGACUGCAACAACCAUAUGCUCUGCCCACCAAACGCCAUGUGUGUGAACAGCACCCACUGCACCUGCCUGGAUGGGUACCAUUCAGGAAAGAAUCGCUUCUUCACCGACACAACGGAGACCUGUGACGAUAUUAACGAGUGUAUGGAGCCGAGCCCGGCAGACUGUGGACACAACACAAACUGCAACAACACGGCUGGGUCUUACUUCUGCACCUGCCUCAAUGGCUACGAGCCCAGCUCUGGGAAAACCAAAUUCAUGAACGCGAGUGAGAACACCUGCCAGGAUAUUGACGAGUGUCGGGGCCUGAGCCCGGCAGACUGCGGACCCCACGCAAACUGCACCAACGUGCCUGGGAGUUACUCCUGCAGCUGCAUCCAUGGCUACGAGCCCAGCUCUGGGAAUGCCAGCUUCACACACGCGAGUGGGGACACCUGCCAAGAUAUUGACGAGUGUCGGGGCCCGAGCCCGGCAGACUGCGGACCCCACGCAAACUGCACCAACGUGCCUGGGAGUUCCUCCUGCAGCUGCACCGAUGGCUACGAGCCCAGCUCUGGGAAAGCCAAGUUCACGCACGCGAGGGAGAACACCUGCCAGGACAUUGACGAGUGCCAGCGAAACGCCACAGUCUGUGAGCCCCACGGGAACUGCAUCAACAUGCCAGGGAGUUACAGGUGUAAAUGCAGUUGGGGAUUUGGGAAGAGUCAAAGGGAUACCUCUAAGAUCUGCACAGACAUCGACGAGUGCCGCAAGACCCCAGAUAUCUGCGGCCCCAGGGCUACGUGUAUCAACACUAAAGGGAGCUACCGGUGUGAGUGCCGGGCCGGCUACGUCCCCUCCAACAGGAACACGACCCUGUGCCAAGACAUCGACGAGUGCCACAAGACCCCAGAUAUCUGCGGCCCCAACGCCACGUGUAUCAACACCAACGGGAGUUACUGGUGUGAGUGCCGGGCCGGCUACGUCCCCUCCAACGGGAACACGACCCUGUGCCAAGAGCUCACCUGCCUAACGCUGCUGGAUGAUGACAACUCUACAGAAGCCAAGAACCUCCUGGGGAGCUUCCAGGCCCAGGCGGGAAGCCUCUGCAAGGCGGCGCUGGAGGGGCUGAAGCAGAUGAAGACUCAGAGCGCUGAGCCUGUGAAGGGGCCGCUGAAGGGCUUCUUGGACAUUCUGGAGAAGCAGAUAAAUGUAGUCGGGCAGCAGAGCGAGAGCAUGGAGCGGAGACACAAGAUUGCAACGGAGCUGAUGGCCAUAGUGGAGAAGCUGCUGAGAUUGCUGGCCCUGACCCUGCCUGAGAGCAUGAUCAGCAUCACAUCCACCAACGGCACAGAGCUGGGGCUGGCGGUCAGGAAGGCUGGGGCCCAGAGCCAGGAGACCGUGACGCUGCAGCAGAGCAAGACGCAGGUGGAAUUAAAGUGGGCCGGAGCCCCAGGGCAGGAAAAUAAAGGCUUCACCCUGGCCGGGCUGCUGACCUACCAGGGGAUGAGCCCCAUCCUGGACGGUGCUGCGCGGGUGGAGGUGGCCGAGUGGGACAAGAUCGGCCAGACGGGAAAGUGGGCGCAGGAACGGGGGCGGCCCAGCUACCGGGUGCUGUCUCCAGUGGUGUCGGCCUUCGUCAGUGACCUGGACACCCAGGCACUCUCCGUCAUCCUCCGCUUCAGCCACCCGGUGCCGGAGAAGAAGGCCGACCUGCGCCGCCUCUGUGCCUACUGGAAUACCAGCACCAGGCGCUGGGGCACCCGCGGCUGCAACCUGCAGAAGUUGAACGCCACCACCACCCACUGCCAGUGCAGCCACCUGACCAGCUUCGCCGUGCUCAUGGCCUUCUACGAGCUGGAGGACUGGACCCUGGACAUCAUCACCAAGGUGGGGCUGGUGAUCUCGCUGCUGUGCCUGCUGCUCUCCAUCGUCACCUUCCUCUUCUGCCGCGCCCUCAAGGGCCCCCGCACCACCAUCCACCUGCACCUCUGCCUGGCGCUCUUCAUCGCCUACGCCGUCUUCCUCACCGGCUCCUCCAGCACCGGCAACAGGGUGGUGUGCGGCGUGGUGGCCGGGCUCCUGCACUACUUCUUCCUGGCCGCCUUCUGCUGGAUGUGCCUGGAGGGCGCCGAGCUCUACCUGCUGGUGGUUCAGGUCUUCACCCCCCACGGCCUCCGGCGCCAUUACAUGUUCCUGCUGGGCUACGGCGUGCCGGCCCUCGUCGUGGGCCUCUCGGCCGCCACCUACCACAAGGGCUACGGCACAGCGCGCCACUGCUGGCUCUCGCUGGACAAGGGCUUCAUUUGGAGCUUCCUGGCGCCCGUCUGCAUCAUCAUCGCGGUCAAUGCCGUGAUCUUCGUGGUCACCGUCUGGAAGCUGUCCCUGAAAUUCGCGGACAUCAACCCUGACAUGAGCCAGCUGAAGAAGCUCAGGGUGCUCACCAUCACGGCCAUUGCCCAGCUCUGCAUCCUGGGCACCACCUGGAUCUUUGGCAUGUUCCAGUUCAACCAGCGCAGCCUGGUCGUCUCCUACAUCUUCGUCAUCCUCAACACCCUGCAGGGGCUCUUCAUCUUCCUGCUGCACUGUCUGCUCAAGCAACAGGUGAGGGACGAGUACCGCAGGUGGCUGAGGUGCGGCGGCCUCAAGGGACCGGCCAAGUACUCUGAGUUCAGCAGCUCGACCACCACACGGCAGGGGCUCCAGCCUUCGCAGGAGUCAGGGUUGUAGCACUCUUGCGCUCAGCCCAUUUCUGGACACCGCAGCUUUGCACGUAAGAAAACCCGGCCCCCUGCCCGGCAGGGCCCGUGAGCAGGAGCCCCACCACGCACCUGGACUCGCCGCACGCAGAUGCUUCAACGGUUGCCCAGUGGAACCUGCCAGGCAGCGGGGGGCACCAUUACGCUGCCCAGCUGCCCCCACCCGCUGGUCACUCGCGCCAGCCCCAGGCCUGCAUGCAGCGGCCAGCAGGGCUGCCGCUCGGCUCCGACGCGAUGUACUCUGGCCACCUGGGGGCGCCUUUCCCUUUGGUACGAACGGUUCCCUGUCCCCGCCUGCGGCACCACGAUGGGCUGGGCCGAGUGCGUGCAGUGGAGAUGAGCCCAGCCGGCGGUGAUGAACCCUCCACCCAGGGUCUGCAGCAUCAGCCACUGCCCUUGGCUUCGAUGACGGUACCACACGGCCUGAGCCGAAGGAGGCAAGCGGCAGCCCCCAGGGCUCGGCUGUCUGUGUCUCACGGGUAACACUUUUUUUUAAAAUGACCUUUUUAAAGUUAUUAAAAUAUUAAGUUUUUGUGACAAA